AUGUCGUUAUUGAAGACCUCAGUGGUUAAUUUUGAGCAUGAAUGGAAAGAGAUGGAACCACCACUUGCGUCACUAAUGACAGGGACGCCGCAGACAUUGACGAAUGAAAAAUGGCUACAGAUGUACUCAGGAAUCUACAAGAUCUGCACAAAUCCUGGAGCUCCACAGGCCGAAUUGCUAUUCUUCCGACUGCGAGGAAUGUUCAUUGAACAUGUCGAGUCGAUCUUGAACAAGUUGAAUGCAAUUGACGGCGAGGCAGCGUUCCUGUAUCACUAUUGUUCUUCGUUUGAGUCGUUUGCAACAGGAACAAAUUAUAUCUCAGAACUUUUUCGCUAUCUGAAUCGCUACUGGAUCUCAUAUUCCCACUGCGAGACUGGACACGCUCCUGUUCCAGGAGUGUAUCCUGUCACAGAACUUUCACUUCACAUUUGGCACGACAUUGCAUUUUCGAAACUCAAGAAGCGACUUGUAAAAGCAAUUAUUCACAUCUUCCAUUCAGCACGUCGUAGCAAAAGCGAGUGUUUUGAAGAUGGUGAUUGUAUUGCCAGAACAGUUCAGACAUACUUUAGUAUAGGCCUUUGCAGACAGGAUCAGAUGAGCCUCUAUCGAGAAGAAUUGGAGCAGCCUUUUCUCGAGGACACAGCUCGCUACUACUCAGCAAAGGCGAUGGAGCUGUUGUCUCGGGUAACAAUAUCAGAAUACUUGCAAGAGAUCGAACUUUUGUGUGCUCAUGAGCAGAAACGUUGCGAAGCCAGAUUGCAUCGAACCACUGUUGUUCAACUUCGACAAGCUUGCUGCCAUGUCUUGGUAGACGAGCAUGCUGAUCAGAUCUGUGAAGAUGCUGAGACAUUCUUGAUCAAUAACCAGAAAAAAGAUCUACAGCGCCUGUUCUCUCUUUUCUCGGAAUUGACCAACGAGAAUGCACUGAUGUCUUUGAAGAAUAUCCUGAAGAAAUACAUUGAGCGACGCGGCCUUGAGGUCGUGCAAAAAUUCCAGCAAGAAGAGGCAACUAAGAAUCCAGAGGGAUACAUCGAAGCCCUGGUGCAAGUUCGCAACAAGUACUUUAAUCUGAUCAAAGAUGCAUUUAACUUCCACCCACUGAUGCGAACCGCACUUGAUCAGGCAUGCCGGACAUUUGCAAAUUCUCACCCGCGACUUCCUGAAUUAUUAGCAAAGUAUACUCACUACCUGAUGUCACAUGAAAAGAAACACGGGGGUAGCCGAGCACUGCCUUCACCAGGGUCGCCACGACCGACGCUAAUUAUGGACGAUAUGUUGGAGCAGAAAAUUGAAAAUGUCAGCGUGGUAUUUUGUCUCAUCGACGACAAAGACAUUUUCAAGAAAUACUACUCGAAAUUUUUGGCAAAACGGCUUAUCAAAGGCACUUCUGCUUCAAACGACAUGGAAAUCUUGUUGAUUCUUAAGCUGCGCGAUAUUUGCGGAUGUGAUUUCGUAUCGAAAUUGCAGAAGAUGCUGAAGGACAAAAUGCUGAGCAAGGAAUUAAUGGAGUCGUUCACUGCUUGGCUGGAAGAAAAAGAUAUCGAGCUGCGCUCUGAGGACGCUUCCCACGCUAUUGCCAUUGACUUUCACCACACCGUAACCUAUCACUGCGAUGUUCUAACGGCUGGAGCUUGGCCCAUAUCGAUUGCAGCUGCAGAGCACAAGGUCUUUCUGCCGCCUGCCGUUGAAGCUCAUACCAGCUUGUUCACAAGAUUCUACACUGGAAGGAGCACCGGUCGAAAACUUCUGUGGGUUCACAACCUCUCGUAUGGAAUGAUUCAAAGCCACUGCUUUGAGAAGCGCUACGAGUUCUUGCUGAGCUUUUACCAGAUGUUGAUUCUCAUGCAGUUUAACACAGCAAAGGAGAUUACUCGCUCAAACAUCGUCCGGCUAACCAAUAUUCCAGAGCAAGACUGUACACACCAUAUGGCUAGCCUCAUCAAGUCGAAAUUGCUGAUCUCGGACGGAGCUGCUGAGAACCCGACGUAUACAAUCAAUUUUGGGUUUACCAGUCGUAAACUCCGACAUUCAGCUGUUCCAAAUACCCCAGUCGAAUCGCCGAAGGCUCUUAAGGUUACAAUUCGUGAUGUUAAAGAAGACCGCAAGAUGUCGCUGCAAGCCGCAAUCGUGCGUGUUCUCAAGACACGUCGCGAUAUCUACCAAGCACAACUGGUACACGAAGUUUCGGAGAUGCUGGUCAAUCAGUUUGUGCCCACAGCCACGGCCAUUAAGCAGAAUGUAGAAAUUCUUAUUCAGAAAGAGUACCUGCGCCGCCACGGGGACGACCACGCAAGGUUUCUAUACGUGGCUUGA